AUGAGGAAAUUGUUUUGGGCAGUGAGUAAGGCUGCAAACAGACCAGAUUUUGUUAAGGCCAUGGGAAGUGUCAAGGAUGUAGAUGAGGGUGCAUACAAAUGGUUGCUUGAAAAUGAACCAGGCCAAUGGUCCAGACAUGCCUUUGACACAACAGCAAAGUCAGAUCACAUAACUAACGACAUGAGUGAGUGUUUCAACUCAAGGCUUGGUGAAGAUUGGGAACUUCCUAUACUAAGUCUACUGGAACUUUACCUACGUAGGGUAAUGAAACGAUUACAAUGUAGAUUGAAAGCUGGUACAGAGUGGAUUACACCUCUUCCACCAGUAGUUCAUAGAAAGAUAAACAAGAUGAUUGAGGCAGCUAGAAAUGUCAAAGUCUGGUACCCUGGAUCUGAUGAGUUUGAAGUAGAUGAUGAGAAUGCAAACCCAUGUAAAACUCAUGUUCUGGUUUUGGGUAAGCAACUGUGUGAUUGUGGGAUGUGGCAACUAUCGAGAAUUCCUUGUGUUCAUGCUAUUGCCUGUUUGUUACACAAGAACAUUUCCAACUAUGAACAUCAUGUUGAUCUGAAGCUUAGAGAUUCGAUGUACCUACAAACUUAUGCAUACAUGGUCCACCCUGUUCCCAACAAGACUAGUUGGCCAGAGCGAACCUUUGUGCCUACAACGACUGCACCCCUUCAGGAGCUCGAUUUGCAGCAAACAUGUCCCAAGCUUCAAGUUCAAGGGGUCAACCAAGUCAAUAAUGCAAUGGGGAAUAGAGGUGGAAAAGCAACCCGCCCAGCCCGACCCGCGAUGGGUUGCGCAAAGUGGCGAGUCGAUCCUGACCUGCCCGCCAACAUUGGCAGGCCGAGUUAG